AUGGAGAACGGGGGUGAGAUGAUGCGGGGGUUCGCCUCGGAGUUAGUCAUGUGUUCCACGUGCUCCAGUUUUGUGAUGAGGAAGGAGCGUACAGCCAUUCCCGAUCCUGACGAGGAGGUGGUGGAGGUGGUGACGGAAGCUGAGAAGAUGCGGGACUUGAUGCAGGCGAUGGAGGGCAGCGGAUCGAAGGAGGCGGCGGAGACCGAGGGCAGCGGAUCGAAGGAGGAGGCGAAGAUGAAGGUCAGCGAAUCGGCCGGCGGAAAUGGGAAGACUAAGAUGGUGACUAGGAGGUUGGACAAGAUGUCCAUUGAUAUUAUUUUGAAGGAUCACCCCCCUUUCAAGCCUUUCACCUACACUACCCACAAUCCCUUCAUCCAAUGCAUGUUUGCUAGUGAUAUCGCCCAAUAUGAGGUUGAUUGUGAGUUCCAUGAGUACUUGCGACGCCAGUCCAUCAUCAGGGGGUAUGCUGAGUACCAGCUGGAGGUCACCGAUGACGAAAACUAG